CCCCGGCCUCGGAGACGUCACGGCGGCGGCGGUGUCCGCCCUGCGGGCGGGGCAGACGCACUACGAGCCCGCGGGCGGGAGCCCCGCGCUGCGGGAGGCGGCGGCGGCGUACCUCCGCAAGCCCGUCAUCUUCCACACCAUCGCGGCGCUGUGCGAGCCCGGCCUUGGGCCCGCGGCACACCUCUGGCGGCACCCGACGGUCGAGUGGUCCGGCGCCACCCCGGUGCCCCUGCGGCUCGAGGAGAGCUCCGGCUUCCGGUUCGACCACGGGGAGCUGCGCAGGCUGGCCUCGCCGCGGACUAAGCUGAUCAUCGUCUGCUCUCCGGGAAACCCGACGGGGGGCGUGCUCAGCGCGGCGGACCUGGACUGCGUGGCGGACGUCGCCCGGCGAUGCGGCGCGUGGGUGCUCAGCGACGAGAUCUACUCUCAGCUCAUUUCGUGGGACAGCGUGGCGCUCCGGGACGGGAUGGCGGAGCGCACGGUGCUGCUGGACGGCUGCAGCAAAGCCUUUGCCAUGACAGGCUGGAGGGUGGGCUUCGGCCUGUUCCCGCCCGCGCUGGUGGAGGCGGCGCGCAACAUCGCCAUCAACAGCUGGACGUGUCUGCCGCCCUUCGCGGCCGCGGGUGCCGUCGCCGCCCUGCGCGGCGAGGACGCCGCCACCGCAGCGAUGCGGUCGGAGUUCCGGGCGCGGCGUGACCUGCUCUUCGAGCGGCUGAACCCCUGCGCCGUCCCCGGCGUCAGCGUGGCCGUGCGCCCGGCGGGCGCCAUGUACCUCCUGGCCAACGUCUCCGGCACCGGUCUGGGGGCCCGCGAGUUCUCCGAGCGCCUCCUGGCCGAGGAGGGCGUGGCGCUGCUCGACGGGGAGUUCUUCGGGGCGGGGGGCCGCGGCCUCGUCCGGGUGUCGUACGCCCAGUCCCGGGAGAGGUUGGCCGAGGGCUGCGCUCGCAUCGCCGCCUUCGUCGGGCGACUGCAGGGCUGA